AGGGACUUACUGUACAUUCUGUGGGUUCAGACAUAUGGACAUGUAUCCACCAUUAUAGUAUCAUAGGAAAAGUUACUGCCCUAAAAGUUUCCUGUGUUAUCAAAUGAAACUUCACGUGCCUGAUGCACAGUGAGGCCCAAAAAACCAAAAUGGCAGAGUAUGGAGCAGAGAAAGGUUUACUGCAGGGCCAAGCAAGGAGAACCGGCGGCUUGUGCUCCAAAGACCCGAACUCCCCAGUGGUUUUUAGGGAAAAGUCUUUAAUAGGCAAAAUUUGGGGUGAGCGCUUCAGGGUGUGGGACUUCCUUCUGAUUGGUUGGUGGUGAGGUAAGAGGGCGGAGCUUCAGGAAUCAUGUGCUCAGCCUGAAGUUACCAUCCUCCACCUGGGUUCUGCAGAAGAGCUCAGACAGGUAUUGCGAUGUGUAUUCCUUGAGGAGGAAGGAGGAGGGACCCCGCCCCAAGGCUGCGCUAUUUCCUGACCGCUCCUCCCUGGUCUCUGCAUCCCCUCCCUUCCCUGAUCAGCAACUGUUUGAAGCUGCCCUUUGGAACUCAGGGAAGGUCUAUGAGGCUGAACCCUUUUUCCUGCCAACAAGAAAAGGGGACACAAAAAGGCUUUUGUACCCGGGAGGGCCCCGCAGGGUCCUGCUCCAUUUCACCUGUGCUCCCUCCUCCCAAGCCCUUGUCAGCCACUGAGCUUUAUACUGUAGCAGUUUGGAAUCACAGUCUGUAGCCUGUUCACGUGGACUUCUUUCAUUUAAUAAUAUGCACUUAAGUUUUCCCCAUGUCUUUUCAUAACUCAUUCCUUUUAGCACCGAAUAAUACUCCAUUUUUGGGAUACACCGCAGUUUAUUUAUCCAUUUACUUACCGGAGGACAUCUUGGGCGCUCCCACAUUUUGACAAUUACGAACCAAGCUCCUAUAAACGAACAUCCACGCAGGUUUUUGUAUGGACAUGUUUUCAACUCCUAAGGGUGAAUACCAAGGAGUACAAUUGCUGGAUCAUAUGAAAAGAGAUGAAGUUGCUGGAGCAGUCGGGCUCCCUGAAAGGCUCGCUGGGCGCCGAGGAGCAGCUGUCACUCAUCAGCAGUUGUUCCGACAUCCGGGAGGCGGUAGAGGGCGCCCUGCACGUCCAGGAAUGUGUUCCAGAAAACCUCGAGCUGAAGAAGCAGCUCUUUGCUCAGCUGGAUGGAAUCGUUGGUGACCAAGUUGUGCUGAGCAGCUCCAGCUCCUGCCUCCUGCCCACCAGGCUGUUCUCUGGCUUGGUACACGUGAAGCAGUGCCUCGUGGCGCAUCCUGUAAAUCCACCCUACUACGUCCCGUUGGUGGAGCUGGUCCCACACCCAGAGACGGCCCCUGCGACGGUGGACAGAACCUACGCCCUGAUGCGGAAGAUCGGACAGUCCCCGGUCAGACUCAUGAAGGAGGUGGACGGCUUCGCUCUGAAUCGUCUCCAGUAUGCCAUCAUCAGCGAGGCCUGGAGGCUCGUGGAGGAAGGAGUAGUGUCCCCGGGCGACCUUGACCUCGUCAUGUCGGACGGCCUGGGCAUGCGGUACGCGUUCAUUGGGCCCCUGGAGACCAUGCACCUCAACGCCGAAGGUAUGUUAAGCUACUGUGACAGGUACAGCGAGGGCAUGAAACAUGUCCUAAAGACUUUUGGACCCGUUCCAGAAUUUUCCGGGGCCGCAGCUGAAAAAGUGCACCAGGCCAUGUGCGUGAAGGUUCCAGAUGACCCGGAGCACUUAGCUGCCAGGAGGGAGUGGAGGGACAGGUGCCUCAUGAGACUUGCCAGACUGAAGAGCCAGCUGCAGCCCCAGUGAAGCCUCGCGCGACCACUGCCGCCCGUGCUGGAGCCCGUUCGCUGGAAGCACGAGCCCCUGUCAGGUGGCUCAGAGACGCGGGGAGGCCUUGGGAGCCCAGCAGGCAGAGCACGACCUGCUCCCCACUAGGCAGGCGCCCCGGUGGACUGGGGGUCAGAGCAGCGCUGAGGUCUGCGGGCUGGCUCCCCUGCCACCAGGGCAGCCAAGAGAGCAAAUCGCCUGAAGAUUUUACCAUUUAUUUCCCGUGUGGUUCCAUGUGGAUGCCCUUCAUAGCCAGUGAUCGUAGUUUCAAGUUAUUUUAAUCUGCUGCACAAUAUUUUUAUCAUUAUUUUCUGACCUCUCGCUGAGUACUCUGCGGCCCUGCAUUUAUGAGGCAACCCCUUCAUUUUCUUGAUGCUUAUUCCAAAUAAAAGCGUUUGAUUCCAUAAA